UAAAGUGAUGUAGUCAGGAUCUAGCUUGCUUCAUUUCUUAUAGUUAGAACAAUUGUGUUCAAAGAUGAUUGAGACGAAAUAUUUAGCAAUCUUUGCUCUUGUAGCAGUGCUGUUUAAUUACACAGAUGGGAGCUGUGUUUUCCCUGAUGAGCUGAAAGGAAGCUGGAAACACCCUGGAGGGGAUGACACUUUGUUACAAUUCACUAGUGAUGAAUUAACUGGGUUUAAGUUAACUGUUCCUAGACUAUCCCAGUCAGAUUUUGAGUGUAUUAGUUCUCGUGUUGACGGAGACGCAACAAAGUACAUGUUGAGAGCCAGAACCUCUGUGAUAGUAUUUGGAGUCAGACCAGCACUUUACAUGUGUGUAGAAAUAAAAGAAAAGAACAAUAUCAAGUACUAUUCCAUCGACACAAAGAAAGAUCCUAUCUUACAAGACAAGUUGUACGGUACAGCAGUAGAUACAAUACCAGAUAUAUCAGAUGUCUGCAAUUUGAGUGACCAGGACGGUAUUGUCAUAUUAAAAGACUCUGGAAACGGUCCGAAACAGACAAAAAGAAAAAUUACCAGCUUGUUAAGCCAGUUAAGACAAGCUCUUGAACAGAAAGAUGACAAUUUCGACAUAAAGAAAUAAAUGCGUAUACACAUGAUGAUUUGAUGCCUGAACAUAUAUACACUGCAAUGUUUUAAUGCCUCAACUUUAUAGUCUUCGAUAACUUCAUAUCAUUUGCCUAUACCGUUCGGUGAUUUGAUGCCCGAAACGUACAUACUCUUAGAUAAUUUAAUACCUGAAAGUAUCAUACUUUGUGAUGAAUGCUCACAACCAACAUAAACUCUGCGAAAAUUUGAUGUCUGAAGUCUACUUCACUCUGUGUUGACUUGAUGACCACUUUCUACACUUUGAGAUGAUUUGAUGUUCAUAGUUUAUAUUAUACGAGACUUUCAUAGAUAUAGUAUCUUCCAUGUAACUAUUUGUAUGAGCUUUGUAAUAA